CCUAAAAUUCUCACUCACCCAGUUCUUCCCAUCUCAUUCCGACCGCCGAUUUUCUCUCCGUUCCGGAUUAGGGCAAGUCUCUGCAAGGGGAGACGGAGAAAAAUGAUUGACGAGUGUUUGGGACCUCAGAGAUCCAGAAAGAUCCAGAGAGCUCUCCGUCAUUUGAAGGUCACGAUCCUGUGUCUUGUCCUCACCGUCGUCGUCAUCCGCGGCACCAUUGGCGCUGGCAAGUUCGGUACCCCGGAGCAGGACUUCAACGAGAUCCGUGACCACUUUAACUUCCGCAGGCGCGCCGAGCCGCAUCGCGUUCUUGAGGAGGUGCAGACGACGUCGAAGGCGUCGGAGGAGCAGGCAAAGUCCGACGCCAACGCCGACGGUAAUAACUACAAUGCGUUUGAUAUCAACAAGAUAUUGAUUGAUGAAGAGGACGGUGAUUCGAAACCCGACCCAAACAAACCCUACUCUAUCGGACCCAAAAUCUCAGAUUGGGACGAGCAGCGCGCGAAAUGGCUCAAGGAGAACCCUGAUUACCCGAAUUUUAUCGGUCCGAACAAGCCACGGGUACUGUUGGUCACUGGGUCAUCCCCGAAACCAUGUGAGAACCCUGUCGGUGACCAUUACCUUUUGAAAUCUAUCAAGAACAAGAUCGAUUACUGCAGGUUACAUGGGAUCGAGAUAUUCUACAACAUGGCGCUUCUAGAUGCGGAGAUGGCCGGUUUCUGGGCCAAAUUGCCGUUGAUUCGGAAGCUUUUGCUGUCGCAUCCGGAGAUUGAGUUUCUGUGGUGGAUGGACAGUGACGCUAUGUUCACCGAUAUGGCGUUCGAGCUUCCGUGGGAGAGGUACAAAGAUUCCAAUUUGGUGAUGCACGGUUGGAAUGAGAUGGUGUACGAUGAAAAGAACUGGAUUGGGUUGAACACUGGGAGUUUCCUGCUGAGGAAUGGCCAAUGGGCACUGGAUCUUCUUGAUGCCUGGGCACCGAUGGGUCCUAAGGGCAAAAUUAGAGAAGAAGCAGGUAAAGUUCUGACCCGAGAGCUUAAGGGCCGACCUGUUUUUGAAGCUGAUGAUCAGUCGGCAAUGGUUUAUUUGCUCAUUACCCAGAAGGACAAGUGGGGGGAGAAGGUGUAUUUGGAGAAUGCCUACUAUUUGCACGGUUAUUGGGGGAUUUUGGUUGAUAGGUAUGAGGAAAUGAUUGAGAAUUACCAUCCGGGUCUUGGUGAUCACAGAUGGCCAUUGGUGACUCACUUUGUGGGGUGCAAGCCAUGUGGAAAGUUUGGAGAUUACCCUGUUGAGAGAUGCUUGAAGCAAAUGGAUAGGGCGUUUAAUUUCGGUGAUAAUCAAGUUCUUCAGAUUUAUGGGUUCACUCACAAGUCUCUGGCUAGUAGACGAGUGAAGAGAGUUAGAAAUGAGACUGGCAAUCCGCUUGAGGUGAAAGAUGAACUCGGAUUGCUUCACCCAGCUUUCAAGGCGGUUAAGUUAUCUUCUUCUUGAAGAUUAAUUAGUCUUUGCUGCAAAAUGGUAAUAUGAAAUAAGCAAUGCUGUGUAUGAAAUGCGUAUCUAUACCUGUUGGCAAUAGUAUUCUUUUGUUAAUCUUCUUUGCUUAAAUUAUAAAGUUUGUAAUGCUCUCCGAAGGAAAACAGAGCUCAUUAUUUCGCUUGGAGCUAUUCAAUUUUGUAGCCUCUCAACAAAUUUCAUUCUGUCAAAAGCACAUUGUGGUAAUAAAUGAUCAGUUACACCUGUUUACAAUU